AUGUCUACUCUGCAGGAGAGACUCGACAAGAUUCGAUCGUCGCCAAAGCUGAAAAACCAGCAGCAAACCUCCGUCGUCCUCAACGCCAUCGAAGAUACUCUGCGCACGCAAAAGAGCGAUCCAACUCCCACCGCAUACUUCGCAGCGCUGCUUUCAUUGCUGGGACAGUACAUCACGGCAGACAAGGGCCUUGUCAACAAAGAUGUUGCAUUCUCCGUCGUAUACCUUCUCGACCUUGUCACUAGCCAUGUGCCCGCGCCGCUGCUGCAAUCGAAAUUUCCGCAAAUCCUCUCGAGUCUUGCUCCGGCCUUGACGCACACGGACUCAGAGGCGCCGAUACUAAGAGCUGGGAUUGGAUGUCUGGAGUCGCUUUUGGUCGUACAAGAUUCACAAGCAUGGACUCUGCCUCAGUCGCAGACCAGCCCAAGAGGCGCAGUGAGCGGGCUGCUUGCUCUGGCCAUGGAUCACCGACCAAAGGUUAGGAAGAGGGCGCAAGAUGCGUUGGCGAAUAUGCUGAAGCAUCCACCUCCUUCUCCUUCGUUGGAUCACCCUGCUUCAGACAUCUGUGCCGAGACUGCACUUCGACAUUUGCAGUCCGCCGCAGAGGCGGCGAGUACGAAGAAGAGGAAGCACAAGCACAGAGAUGAAGGUUCGAGUGAUCCCAGCUUGAUGCAUGCUUUGCAACUGGUCAAGACUGUUGCCUCUGCACAGAAUGGCUGGCCUAGCAAGAAGAUCGACGCACUGUGUGAAGUGUUACUGAACAUCUCGAGAGGAAGCAACGAAUUCAUGACCAUGGCUGCCUUUGAGAUUUUCGAGAUCAUCUUCGCCGGUCUGGCUGAUGAGAUCUCGUCUUCGAAACUCCCCAGACUGCUCGAAGUCAUCACGGAGCUACAGCCGUCACAGAAUGAUUCACAAUUGCUACCGCCCUGGAUUGCAGUCCUAAGCAGAGGCUAUGAAGUGUCUUCGCAGAUCGAGCCAGAGGAGACAUUCGAAAAGCUGCCAGAUCUUUUCGCCAAGAUCUCUUCUUUCCUUGCGUCUUCGUCGCACAACAUCCGUGUCUCUGCAUCUGAGUGCUUGAUUUCCUUGCUCCAUACAUGCGUACCAGACUCGGUGAUUCUGGAGCCUUCUGUCAUGGACGAAAAGGUGCUGGAGCGAGUAAGCAAGACUUUGAAAGAUCUGUUGAGUGUGAAGUUCCAGACAGCGUGGAUGGAGGUGUUCAACGUUCUGUCUGCCGCUUUCGAGGUCUUCAGGUGGCGCUCGCAGCCAAUGCUCGACAGCAUCGUAAAGACCGUUGGAGAUCUUCGAGGUGACGAUUCUUUCACUGGCAAGAAAGAGGUUGACGGAGUUCUGGCUGCUGCUGUCAAGUAUGCAGGUGUCGACAAUGUCCUGGCGAUUGUGCCUCUUAAUCUAGGGAAGAAUGCUUCUGGCGCUGGACGUGCUUGGCUUCUUCCUGUGAUACGAGACGCUGUCAGCAACACGAAACUUGUACAUUUCCGUUACGAAUUGGUCCCACUCAGCGAGGAGAUGUUCCAACGAGUCCUCAAUCACGGCAGCAAGGAAAAGACCAUGGAGGUCAAGAUCUUUGAAACGAUUGUCAGCCAGAUCUGGUCUUGUCUUCCUGGGUACUGCGAGCUACCAGUGGAUCUCACGCACGCAUUCGACCAGUCAUUCGCAGAAAUGCUCAGCAAUCUCCUGUAUCAACAACCGCAGAUGAGGACUGAUAUCUGCAAAGCUCUGCAGAACCUCGUCGACACAAACAAGGCCAUUGCUGAGCUUGAAGGUGACGAGAAUCUUAUCGAGCAGGGCAGAGUGACCAGAGAAGCUGCGCAGAAGAACAUUCAGCAUCUGGCCUCAUUCGCCGGCAACCUCCUCGCUGUCUUGUUCAACGUGUACAGCCAGACGUUGCCACACAAUCGCGGCAACUUGCUGCAAUGCAUCAACGCCUAUCUCAGCAUAACCCAAGAACAAGAGCUACUGGAGACCUUCCAACGCGUGGCGACGAUGCUGGAGAGCUCACUGGCGGAGGAGGGAUCCCAGACUCAAGCUGACAAGCAGCGUGAGCAGGGCUCAAACAAGGAUUCGAAGGACAAGAUGCCACCCACAUCGCAUACCCUUAUGGAUCUCAUCAUCACAAUCUCCACAUACCUGCCCAGAGAAAGCUUCGCCGGACUUUUCAACAUGGCUACAAACAUCGUCAACAAACAGGAUGAUCCACAGCUGCAGAAGAAGGCAUACAAGCUCAUACCACGACUUUCAGAGUCGGAAGCUGGUCGAAAGGCACUGGAAGAGCGGAACGCGGAUCUGCAGCAGCUACUUUUGGGAGCCGCCGACAAAGUGUCUGCGCCUGCGAAGAGGGACCGUCUCGCUUCCAUUGCAGAAAUCAUCCCUGGAAUGCCGCAGUCCGACCUGCACUUCAUUCCUUCAAUCAUCUCGGAAGUCGUGAUUGGCGUCAAAGAGGUCAACGAGAAAGCUCGAACCGCGGCUUUUGAUCUUCUUGUGCUCAUGGGCGAGAAGAUGGCAGAAGGCGGAACAGUCGUCAACGCUAAAGUUCCGCACAUGCCUGACGAUGCUCCUCCCGUGCCUGCAAGUCUUGAAGAGUACUUCACCAUGGUCUCCGCUGGUCUCGCUGGCUCCACACCACACAUGAUCUCAGCUUCCAUCACGGCCCUGACGAGACUCCUUUACGAGUUCCACGGCCAGCUGCAGGAGUCGACGGUUACAGACUUGGUGCAGACCAUGGAUCUCUUCUUGACCUCCAAGAAUCGCGAGAUCGUUCGGUCGGUUCUCGGCUUCGUCAAGGUCUGCAUCAUCUCACUGCCCAGCAACAUUGUGCUCCCUCGCCUCGAAUCCCUCGUUCCAAAUUUGAUUGUCUGGAGUCAUGAGCACAAGCAACACUUCAAAGCCAAGGUCAAGCACAUAUUCGAGCGCAUGAUACGAAGAUUUGGAGCUGAGGUUGUCGAACGACACACUCCAGAAGCGGACCGAAAGCUCAUCGCGAAUAUUCGAAAGACACGCGAGAGGCGAAAGAAGAAGCGAGAUGCCGAUGACGAUGAGGAUGCCGUACCGGCUGAGAAGCGACAAGGAAAGUUCGAGAGUGAAUACGACGAAGCUGUCUACGGCUCUGCUUCGGAUGAUUCUGGGUCAGACAUUUCAGAUGAUGAGGUCCUUGGUCGAGCAGUCGCGAAGGGUCAGAAAGCCAAGAAGGGAGGCCACCAGUACAUUGUGGAAGAUGACGAAGAGCCGCUCGACCUACUUGACCGAAAGGCACUCGCGCACGUCUCUUCAACGAAACCUACCAAGAACCGCGGUGUCGAAGGCAAGAAGAACAAGGCCAAGACGGAUCUGGAUGGCAAGUUGGUCUUCAACGAGGACUCAGAUCUCGAAGUCGUUGAGUUUGACGACGAGGGCAUGUUCGACGGACAGGAGCCUGGUGAUGGUACGCUCGAAGGUGGAAUCAACGCCUACGUGAAUGCUAUCAAGGGUAAGAAUGCUCCUCAACGCGGACAGCGUGGCAAGCUCAAAUUCAAAAAUAUCCGUGGCGAUGACGGUGAUGAGAUGGAUAUCGACGAUGAUGACGCAGUUGCUGCUAAGAAGAAGCUGGAUGCCAAUAAGAGUCCCCGUGGUGGUGGCAAGCAGAAACCACAGAGGAGAGGUCUUGCUGGAGAGAAGCCAAAAGGCGCAUUCUCACCUGGCGGCGGGAAAGUUCACAAAGCACGAGGUGGAGGGUUCAAGCAUGGAGUUCAGAGUCGCCGUGGCAGAGGUAUGAAGAGGUAG